AUGCAAGCUCGAAACGCCGCAGGCCGUCAGGUCUCGCUACUCAAUGAUGACAGCUCUAGCUUCAGCACCAGCCGCCCCAACAGCUACCACCAGCAACGACCAGUCAGCUUCCACUCGGUCAGCCACGGCCUCUCGCGCCCCUAUCCCAGCCCGCGCAGCAAUUCCUCGUCGCCCAACACGCCCGAGCUGCUGCGGUCGGACUCGUACGACUCGCAGAUGAGCAACGAUCCCAUCUCCCCCUUGACACCGUCGGUGGACUACACCUACCCGCGCGGUUCCCUCUAUCUGCCCAUGGACGCGCCACCAGCCAAGCGCCCGGCGUACACGGCCAGCAGCAGGGCAACCUCGUUCGAUGACGACAGCUCCGCCCAGUCGGGCAUGGCUGACCAGCGCCCCAGCAAGCGCUACCCCUGCCGGUAUCGCGACAGCCACGGCUGCGAAAAGACGUUUACCACCUCUGGCCACGCCUCGCGCCACUCCAAAAUACACACGGCCGAAAAGGCUGUCCAGUGCACCUUCCAUGGAUGUCAAAAGAAGUUUACCCGCGCCGACAACAUGAAGCAGCACCUCGAGACCCACUACAAGGACAAGAGCCGCUCGUCGGGCGUCGCCCGCGUGCACAAGGCGGCGCUGGCCGAAGCCCGCCGCAGCACGAGUGGCUCGAGCCGGAGCCGGCCCACGGUGUCGACGUGCAUUGGGGCGCGCGAUGCGACACGCUGGGAGGGCGAGCAGCACCACCGGCCGAUGCCCUCGCCGCCGCUUCCAUCGCCGACAAACAGCGCGGCGUGGGACAUGCGCAGCAUGAACCUGCCUCUCCUCAGCCGGCCGGUAGCGGCAAGAACACCGAGCACUGGCCUCGACGCCCUGGCCAUGGCCGUGGCCUGCCAAGAGGGUGGCUCAUGA